AUGGAAAAGGUAUUGGACACCGUGGUGGAGAUGGCGGUGGAUGCUAUAGUGGAGGCGGUGGUGGUUAUGGAGGUAGCGGUGGUGGAAGGUGGUAAUGGAGGUGGAGGAGAUCGUGGAGGCAGUGGUGGAUACCAUAGUGGAGGUGUUGGUGGUUAUGGAGGUGCAUGUAGUGGAUACAAAGUUAAUAAUGGAGGUGGAGGAGAUAGCGGAGGCGGUGGGGGUUAUGGAGGUGACAGUGGAUCUUUUGGAAAUGUGUGUGUGGAUAUUGUUGAUGUGGUCGGAAGAGUUGUGGAUAAUGGAGGUGGAGGAGAUAGUGGAGGUGGUGGUAUGUAUGGAGGUGAUGAUGGCUCUCUUGGUCAAUGUGUGUGUGGAUGUUGUUUAUGUGGUCGGAAGAGUUGUGGAUGA